UGCUUACGUUGUGGAAUCGAAGGAGAAAACUUCCACUUCCCGCAGCCCUAAUAAUACAGUGCUGCUCUCACUUCUUGUCUUUAAUCAUCGUCUAUAUAUACUAAAGAGAUAAAUAGUCAGCCUCCCACUGAAUUUACAUACUAGACGGAGAUAGAUAUUGGGAUGGGUUGGAGAGGGAUAUUGGGAUUUGAAUAUGGAAUAGUUCAGGCACCAUUGGGACCCGAUAUCUCGGGUCCGGAGCUUGUGGCUGCUGUUGCUAAUGCUGGUGGACUUGGUCUUCUCAGAGCCCCAGACUGGGAGGCACCAGAUCAUCUAAGAGAGCUGAUAAGGAAGACUAGAACCUUGACUGAUAAACCUUUUGGAGUGGGUGUUGUACUGGCAUUUCCUCAUAAGGAAAACAUAAGGGCUAUACUGGAUGAAAAGGUUGCAGUAUUGCAGCUUAGCUGGGGAGAAUGCUCAGAAGAUCUUGUGCUUGAGGCUCAUCAAGCUGGUGUCAAAGUUGUACCUCAAGUUGGAAGCUUCGAAGAAGCAAAGAGAGCUAUUGAUGUGGGUGUAGAUGCAAUAAUGGUUCAAGGGGUGGAAGCUGGAGGGCAUGUAAUAGGUCAGGAUACCUUAUUCACUUUGUUGCCAAGAGUAGUUGAUCUUGUCCACAAUCGUGAUAUUCCUGUAAUUGCUGCUGGGGGGAUUGUUGACGGGCGUGGCUAUGUAGCUGCUCUGGCCCUUGGAGCGCAGGCUGUUGCACUAGGCACAAGGUUCCUUGCAACCGAGGAGAGCCACGCUCACCCUAUCUACAAGAGGAAAUUGGUGGAACUAGAUAAAACCGAGUACACAGAUGUAUUUGGCCGUGCCAGGUGGCCAGGAGCUCCUCAACGUGUACUAGAAACUCCUUUCUUCAUGGAUUGGAGGACUCUUCCGAGUCAUGAAAAUGAGACCAAUCAACCCAUCAUUGGCCGUUCAAACAUACAUGGAAUGGAAAAAGAGAUUCGUCGUUUUGCUGGCACUGUUCCAAACGUGACAACUACCGGUGACAUUGAAAGCAUGGCAAUGUAUGCCGGUCAAGGCGUUGGCCUCAUCAAGGAAAUUUUACCAGCAAGUGAAGUUAUAAAGAGAAUUGUCGAAGGUGCUCAAUCUCUAAUCCUACAAAAGUUCAUCCCCGAGAAACUUUCGGGGGACCCCAUUUAGGUGCAAAGUUUGUUUCGACGUUCGACAUUUCCUUUGUGAAUUGAAUAAUAUCUAUGCCACAAGAAAAAGACACUCCGGCCUUUCACAUGUAAAAUAUCCCCAUAAUGUACUAAUAAAUUUUGUCUUAACUUCUAAUUAUUUCUGGUUCUUGGUUGGAAGAUUUUCGGGUCCAGACCUUUCUUCCGACCACGUAUACCUGCGAAUUACAAUUCGCAAACUUUAUUUUCAUCGAAAAUAAGAAAGCUUUUGCAAGUGUCAA